GGGGUCGAUCUGAAAAAACAGAAGAGAUCCGAUUUCAACAAUCUAACGACCAGAAAAUAUCAUUAAAUCUGAGCUCCGAAGAACAGUGAGAAGAGGAAGUAGAAGAAGGGGAGCUUGUUCAGCCAUGGCGAAGACCGAUCCCGACAAACUCAUGAUCAAAGCCGACAAAUUAACGAAACUCAGUUUUACUAGAUGGACUGCAGACUGGAAAGCUGCUACUGUCUUGUAUGAGCAAGCAGCUAUUAAUUAUAGGAUUUUACGGGACAAUGAAAAAGCUAAAAUAGCAUUCGAGAAGGCCUCCAAAGGACAAGAGAUGAUCUCAUCUCCUUGGGAUGCUGCCAAACAUAUGGAGUCUGCUGCUGCUCUAGCAAAGGAUCUUGGACGCUGGAACGAAGUUUCUGACCAUUACAGAAGAGCAGCUGAACUCUACAAUGAGUGUGGAAGAGCACAACCUGCUUCUGAUGCUCUUGCAAAGGGUGCACGUGCUCUUGAAGAUGUUGAACCUGAAGAAGCUGUUCGCUUGUAUAAUGACGCAUGUGAAAUUCUCGAAGAAGAGGGAAAGGAGCAAAUGGCUUUUGAUUUAUAUCGUGCUACCACCAGUAUAUAUAUUAAACUUGAGAAAUAUGCGGAUGCUUCAACAUUUAUGUUAAGAUUGGGCCUUGCUGCUGAUAAAUGCAAUGCUGUAAACAGCCAAUGCAAGGCUUACCUUAGUGCAAUCAUAAUUUACCUUUAUGCACAUGAUUUCAACCAAGCUCAGAAAUGCUACAAUGACUGUUCUCAGAUUGCCGGCUUUCUAAAUAGCGAUCAGAGUCGUUGUGCGAUCAAACUGCUAUCUGCUUAUGAGGAAGGUGACAUCGAAGAAAUCAAGCGCGUUGCUCAGUCAAGCAACAUUUCUCAUCUUGAUCAUGCGAUCAUUAGGCUCGCCAGGAAAUUACCAACAGGGGAUUUGAAGGAUAUCAAGGUAGAAGGGAAGCAAGAAGAAGAAGAAGCUUUAGAUGAGGAUGACCUCACUUGAACCUAUCCAAACAAUUUUGGUGUGAAUUGGGAAGAUCCGAAAACGAGUGCUGCGUUUUUUCAGUGGAUUUGUGUUCAAGUAUCGCGUGUUGUGAUAUAUGUAAAGAAAAAAGUUUACAACCAUUUUAGUAUUUUCUCAUAUGUUAUACACUUAUGUUCAGCAUAUGUUGUGGAUAUUAGCGCAUCGUUGAAUAAGAACAAGAUGUUUGUACA